GCGGGGCCGCCCCUGGGCGGCAGGUGGAGCGCCGGGCGGGCGCGGGGGAGGCCAUGUGACCCGCCCGGGCCGGCGGGGCGGGGCGCGCAGGUGAGGCGGCGGCGGCGCGGGGCGGGAGCACACGGCCCGCGGCUCCGGCAGCAUGUCCGUCGGCAGGAAGGACUGGUCGGCGCUGUCCAGCCUGGCCCGGCAGUGGUCUCUGGAGGAUGAGGAGGAGCAGGAGCGGGAACGGCGGCGGCGGCGGCGAAACCUGAGCUCGGCCACGGACGACGAAGCUCCCGGGCUCAGCCAGAGCGGAGCAGGGCCGGCGGCGGAGAGACUGCCCAGCGUGGAGGAAGCAGAGGGGCCCAGGCUACCGCCCCAAGCCUGCAAAAAUGAGGAUGAGGACAUCCCGGGCAUCCUCAGGACGCGGCAGGAGCGGAGGCAGAGGCGGCAGAUGGUGGAGGCUGCACAGGCCCCUGUCUGGGAGAGGCUGGAGGCAGAGCCAGGGAGGGACAGCACAGACCCUGGGCAGGCCAAGAAGCAGCCCCUCACGCCCAAGAAAGAGGUGGAGCUGCCCCCUCACCGGAGACUCAGCUGGGAGCAGCGGGGCCGCUGGGCCGGGGGGGAGGAGAGUGCGGCGGGCAGUGAGCCGGCGGGUGGGGAGAAGGGGGUCUCAGAGAAGACCCUGGUCUUAGAGAAGUCCCCCAGUCCAGAGAAGACUUCAGCACUUGGAAAGAGACUGAUGUCAGGGGAAACCUCCACCCCUGAGGAGACGGUGGGCCCUCCUGAGCAGACAUCUGUGCUGGAGAAGACAGCGGUGUUAGAGAAAAGAGCCAUUGUGGAGAAAAAGUCAAUUCUGGAGAAAAUGAGUGUGUCAGAGAAGCUGCCGGGGAAGACAUCAGGCUUGGAAGGGAGACUGGUAUCCGAGAAAGCACUGCUCUUUGAGAAGCCACUGGUUUCAAAGCGGGCAGCAGCCUCGGGGCGCCCUGCCCAGGAGCAGCCAGCCUUUUGGGGAAGCCGGUCUGCCUCCAGUGAGCAGAGAGGAAGGGCCCUCCCGGAGAAGAACCCUCUGUCCUUGGCAGGACAGGGGGCGUCAGGCCCUCUGCCUGUGGCUGCCCACCUCCCACCCAUCACACUCCAGGUGAAAAUCCCCAGCAGGGAGGAAGGGGUGGACGCCUCCUCACCCACCCAGGCCACCUACAGCAGCUCCCUCAAACGCUCCAGCUCCAGGACCAUCUCCUUUCGGAUGAGCCCCAGGAAGGAGAACACAGAAACAACCUUAACCCGCAGUGCCAGCGUGAGGCUUCCGGUCAGCACAGCCCGGCUGGGUGAGAAGCUGGAGAGAUACCACACUGCUGUGCAGAGAUCGGAAUCUGUCAAGUCCCCAGGCUCUUCCCGCACCGAGUUCUUUGUGGCUCCCGCGGGUGUUGCCAGCAAGCGGCACCUCUUUGAGAAGGAGGUGGUGGGCCGGAGCCAAGCAGAACCAGCCUCUGGCAGGAAGGAGAACUUGAAGCUUUCAGGGGUUGUGACAUCAAGGCUCAACCUGUGGAUCAGCAAGACCCAGGAGCCAGGAGCUCAGGACCCCCAGGAGGUGCAGAAAGAGUCAGCGGCCGCCAAGAGGACCCAGUGGGGAAGGAAAGCGGUCUCCUCCCUGGAGGCUGAGGUGUGACCAGCCCUGCUGAGGCCCACCUGCCCAUCUGCGUCUCAAGGGUCCUCCCCUCCUCAUGCCACCUGCUCCCUUUCUGCCUCUGGACCUGAGACGGAAGGAAUGCCGGGCAGACUCAGCCAGCAGCUUCCCAGCGGUGUGCCUGGCGCCUCCUUGUCCCACCGCAGCCGCAGCAGGUCCUGGGCCCCAGCGUCACCUCAGGGCACCGUGCCGGCUGUCACCAGCACUCUGGGGCCUGCACGGCCUGUCCGGAGACGGUGCCUACUUCCUGCUCACUUCCAGGGCCAGGGCAGUGCCGUCUCAAGAACCCCAGGGUCACCUGUCUGAGCUCCCAGCAAGCACCUCCACGUGCCUGUGACGUCUCUGCCUCACGGAGGCCUGGCUUUAUCCACCGUGGUCCCUGGGGCCUGCCGGCAGCUUGCCGAGGCCCAAAUCAGCCAGAUCGGGAGGAGCUUGGUCUUCCCUGCGCCUCAUCUCCCUGCUUUGUGCCCCUCAAACCCCCGGCCCCCUGCUCUGUCUAGGAGCUCCGUGCCUUUUUGUGCCCCCUCACCCUCUCCCUAGAAAACCUGUUCUCAGGAAAUGCCUAAUAAACUCGUUCACUCUCAGGUGUAAA